AUGAAGCCUGUGUUCCUAGCUACCCUCGCCUGCCUUUACGGCGCCGAGCUCGCCGCAUCCGCGGGAUCAUCUCUUAUCGCUCGGCUCAAGGCACGCCAUGACAUGGCUCACUGCAUCAUCGGCAAUGGACAAUUUCUCACCCACCCGGAGAACCCAUUUGGCUUCUUGGAGACUUGCUUCCGAGGUUCAGACUUUACCGCAGACGAACAGCACGUCGUGGAAGACUGCGUCGUCAACCAUCCCGAGAUUUUCGACAAACCGGAUGAUCCAUGGACGCCUAUGGAGCCGUGUUUUGAGGACGAGGAGGAAUUUGAGGACGAGCGCGUCGUUGAGCAUCGAGGUCGUUUCGAGAAAAGGGGCGACUUUUGA